AUGGAAGAAAAUGAAAAAUUUUUAUAUAUAAUUAAUUUUUUUUUAGAAUCUGAUGAUGAAAUUAUUGAAACUAAAGAUGAAAUUCGUAUUAAAAAACAAGUUUUAUCAUCAUUAGAAUCUUUUUAUUCUUUUUAUCAACUUUCACAAGUACGUUACGGUGCUUGCAACAGCAGCUCCAAUAUCCUAACCGCUGAAAGGGGUUCCCUUAAGAUGUGUAAUGAAAUAUAUGAUAUUGGUUGUUUGAAGAUAACACGUACAUUUGGUAAUUUAUCAAAAUUUAAAUCUAUUGAUUCAUUUCAUAAACUUAAAAAUUAUCAACAAUGUGGUGUUCAUUGGUUAUCAAUUAUACAUAAUUUUCAUUCUUCUAAUGCUAUACUUGCUGAUGAAAUGGGAUUAGGUAAAACAGUACAAGUUUGUAUAUUUUUACAAUAUCUUUAUAAUAAUUAUAUUAAUUCCGUUACGGUGACUGGUCCCACUGGUACUGAAGAUACUGAUACUGAGGCUACUGAGGAUAUUGAAGAGGAUAUUGAAGAGGAUAUUGAGGAGGAUAUUGAGAGUACUGUUACUACAGAUAGUGAGGAUAUUCCUAAUACUGUUGGACCAAGCACCGAUACUGAGGAUAUAAUAAGAAGAUUGAAUAUAAAUAUAAUAAUAGUACCAUUGAAUAUAAUGUAUAAUUGGUAUAAUGAAUUGAAAUUAUGGACAAAUAUUAAAAAUAUUAUUAUAUAUCAUGGUACACAAUCACAACGUAUUAAUAUAUUACAAUAUUUACUUAAUUUACAUUAUCAAUUUUCCAAUACGGUGCUUGGUCCAACGGGUACUGAAGGUACUGGCACUGAGGUUACUAAUACUAAUAACCUAACUAAUAGUACUAAGGAUACUAGUACUCAGACUAGUACCAUUGGAGCAAGCACCGUUACUAUGGGAAAGGGAGCAAAUGACACUUUUGAUACUCCGGGAAAGGGAGCUAAUUUUACAGCCACCGAGUGUACUACUGGAAAGGUAGCUAAUUCUACAGCUAUGGAGUGUACUAUGGAUACUAAGGAUACUAAGGGAGAGGGAGUUAAUACUAAGGAAACCCCUUUCAGGUCUGUUGGUACAGUUGGAGCAAGCACCGUAACGGGCACCGUAACGGACGUAACGGAAGGAUUUAUAAUAAUAAUAACAACAUUUGGUAUGAUAAAUGAUGAUAUAAAAUUAAUGAAGAAAUUACAACCAUUUGAAUAUUUAAUAAUUGAUGAAGCACAUUUAAUUAAAAAUUCCAAUUCUAAUAUAUAUAAAAAAUUAUCCAAUUAUCAAUUCAAUCAUAAAUUAUUAAUUACAGGAACACCAAUACAGAAUAAUAUGAAUGAAUUAUGUAAUUUAUUACAAUUUUCAAUGAAUAAUUUCAAUUCAUAUGAUAUUAAUAAUUCCAUUUAUAAUAUUUUGUAUAAUGAAAAAUUAAUCAAUUCAUUCAUUAAAUAUAAAUCUUUCAUACAAAUUAUUACACAAUCUAAUACUAAUAACCUAACUACUACUAUGGGAAAGGGAGCAAAUGACACUUUUGAUACUCCGGGAAAGGGAGCUAAUUUUAUGGGUACAGAGUGUACUAUUGGAAAGGGAGCUAAUUCUACCCUUAUGGAGUGUACUAGUGAGAAAAAUAUUAAUGAAAUUGCUGUUGUAACUAAUUUUGGGGAGUCGGAUACUUAUGAGGGAAAGGGAGCUAAUUCUAUGGGUAUGGAGUGUACUACUAAGGAUAUUGGUACUGAGGGAACUGGUGCCGUUGGACCUGACACCGUAACGGAAAAACUAAAAAAGAAAAUAAAUAAUAUAAUAGAAUUUAAUAAUAAAAAAUAUAAAAUAAGUAAAGAAUUGAAGAUAUUACAGAAAUUAACAACACCAUUUAUAUUAAGAAGAUUAAAAAAAAAUGUAAUUAAUGAAUUACCAAUUAAAUAUUCCAAUUUCAUACCAUGUCAUAUGAUUAAUUAUCAAUAUUAUAUUUAUCAAUCUUUUAUUAAUCCAGUUACGGUGACUGGUCCGCCAAACAGUACUACCACUACCACUGAGGUUACUAAUACUAAGAGUACUAUUAAUAACCUAACUACUACUAAGGAAACUACUACUGAGGAAACUACUACUAAGGAUAUUGGUACUGUUGGAGCAAGCACCGUUACGGAGAAAAAUACUAAUAAAAUCGCUGUUGUUACUAAUUCUAAGGAUACUAAUACUAGGGGUAUUGAGGAUACUGAGGAUGAGGGAGUUACUAGUACUGUUCCUAAUACUAAGGAAGUUGGUGAGGAAGAUGAAGGAACCCCUUUGAGGGCUAAGGAAGACCAUUUGAGGGCUAAGGAAGACCCUUUGAGGGCUAAGGAAGACCCUUUCGGGUCUGUUGGUACUGAUGGCCUGGGUGAUGCUGUUGUUGGCCGUGGUACUGACCCCGUAACGGAAGAAAUAAAUAAUAAAAUAUAUAAAUUAAGAAGAAUAUGUAAUCAUCCAUUAUUAAUAAGAAAAAUAUAUGAAGAUGAAAUGUUACCAAAAAUAUCAAAAAUAAUAAAAAAAUUACAUGAAGAAUUUCAUGAAUAUAAUUUAAAUAAAAUUAUUGAAUAUUUAUUUACACUUUCUGAUUUCAAUAUACAUCAACUUUUAUUACAAUGUCUACAAUAUUGUGAUUCCGUUACGGUGUCUCCCGUAACGGUGCUUGGUCCAACGGGUACUGAAGGUACUGGUACUGAGGUUACUAAUAGUACUAACCAUACUAAUAAUACUACUAAGGAUUCUACUGGAGCAAGCACCGUUACGGAGGGAAAGGGAGCUAAUGACACUUUUGGUACCUCCGGAAAGGGAGCUAAUUUUACAGCUAUGAAGUGUACUAGUGAGAAAAAUUUGAAUGAAAUCGCCAUUGUAACUAAUUCUAGGGAGUCAAGUACUUUUUCUAAUAGUAAGGUUACUAGUAGUGAGGAAACCCCUUUCGGGGCUGAUUGUACUGUUGGCCGUGGUACUGACACCGUAACGGAAUUAAAAAAUUAUAUAAAUAAAAUAAAUAAAAAAUUAUAUUUAGAAAGUACAAAAAUAAGAAAAAUGUUAGAAUUAAUAUCGAAUAUAAUUAAAAAGAAAGAAAAAAUAUUAAUAUUUUCACAAUUUACAAAUUAUUUGGAUAUAAUAGAAUAUAUAAUGAAAUUAGAAAAUAUGAAACCAAUAUUAAGAUUAGAUGGUACAGUAACAUUAAUAGAACGAGAGAAAAUAAUAAAGAAAUUUAAUAAUGAAGAUGUUUAUAUAUUAUUAAUUAGUAUAAAAGUUGGUAAUGUAGGAUUAAAUUUAUCAAUAGCAAAUCAUGUAAUAUUAAUGGAUCAGAGUUGGAAUCCAUAUAAUGAUAUACAAGCAGAAGAUCGAUGUCAUCGAAUAGGACAACAAAAAAUCGUACACGUCUAUAAACUUUUCGUUAAAAAUACUAUCGAAGAAUAUAUUAUUAAUCAAUCAUAUAAUAAAUUACAACUUAAUUCAUUAUUCAAUCAUCAUUAA